AUGGGAAAUGUAGAAGAGUACAAGCCGGUGAUAGCCAUGUUGGGGCUGCAAAUGUGUUAUGCAGGAGUGACUUUUACCUCAGAAGCUACUUUGGUUAAUGGUCUAAGCCCUCGGGUUUUUAUCCUAUAUAGGCAAGCCUUUGCAACCAUUUUCAUCUUCCCAUUUAUCCUCAUCUCAAGGGGAAGAUCGAAGAUAUCUAAUUUGGAUCGAAGAAGCUUUUCUUUAAUAUUCAUGGCCUCGCUUGUAGGUGUUACCCUGUAUCAAAAUCUGUAUUUUGAAGGUAUUUACUUAGCUUCAUCGUCUAUGGGAAGUGCCAUGUGUAACAUGAUCCCAGCAUUCACCUUCCUAAUCUCAUUUCUCGCCGGAUAUGAAAAGGUGAAUUUCCGGAAUAUCAGAGGCUUAGCAAAGAUAUUAGGGACGGUCAUAUGUGUAGUAGGAGCCGUCUCCAUGGCUCUGAUUCGUGGACCAAAGAUUCUAAACUCGGAAUUUUCUUUACCGAUAACCAAAUCGUUACUAGGAGAUAGUAAGGACCUGAACUUAUGGAUGAUUGGUUGUUUAUUGGUGUUCGUUAGCACUCUUUGCUGGUCUUUUUCACUCAUUAUUCAGGUUCCAAUCUCAACCUAUUACCCAGACCACCUCUCUUUAUCAGCGUGGCUGUGUUUAUUCAGCACGAUACAAUGUGCAAUCGUCACUUUCUUUCUCGAGAAAGACCCAAACGCUUGGAUUCUCCAUUCUUACUCCGAGUUAGCGACGUGUCUCUACGCUGGAGUUGUGACGUCAGCGCUUUCUACUACGGUCCAAGCUUGGGUUAUAUCUAAAAGAGGCCCUUUGUUCUCAGCAAUGUUUAGCCCUCUCGCGACAGUCAUUGUCACAAUCUUGGCUUCUAUGUUCCUUAAAGAAGAGAUGUUCACCGGAGGUUUAAUCGGAGGAUUAUUCGUGAUCAUGGGACUUUACAUGGUGCUCUGGGGUAAAGCAAAAGAUGUAAAUGUCAUGGUGAAUCAAGAACCGAUAGACAGUAAUAAGAACUCAGAAGUGAAGAUUCAAAUCGAAGAUUCUUCAGACAUUGAAAAGUGUAACGAAGAUCUGAAGAAACCCCUUCUGUCUUAACAAAAAUGAACAGAAGAAAUCCAAAGGCAGCAACAGUUAAACUAAUUCAAGAUCUCUUUCUUCUUCUAUUUAUUAAAUUUUGUAAUAUAUUUGUUGUAAUAAACGUAUGAAUA